AUGACUUCAGAAACAACAGAGAAAAGCAAGAAAACAACAGUCCAUCCGACGGAGACCUGGGUUUAUUUUGCCCUUAUAAUAUGUGCGGCUAUCACCUAUUAUGCCAUGCCUACUCCCCUGCAGCCACCUCAUGGGGAAGCGCCUUCAAUACAACACGUUUUUUAUUAUGGAUGGUUGACAGCUGUUAGCACCGGAAUCGGCGCUAUACCAUUAGCAUUUGCCCCAAACCUUGCUUCUUACUGGGUUGGAAUAUCGAAUUCUAUUGCUGCUGGGAUGAUGAUUGCGGCUAGUUAUUCUCUGGUACAUGAGGGAUGCAACUUUGAAGAUCCAAAGGAUACAUCGGAGUUAUCGGUUUUAGUGAGAACAGGCAUAGGGGCAGUAAUUGGCCUUUUGUUCAUCAAUGUGACUGAGCGAGUUUUGGCUGAUUAUGAGGAUCUGAGCAUCGGUGGUCUUGGUGGUGCAGAUGCGAAGCGUGCGUUCUUGAUCUUCUUCGUUAUGACCCUUCAUUCCUUUUCUGAAGGAGUUGGAAUUGGCGUCAGUUUCGGUGGUUCUCACGGUAGUGAGCUUGGUGUCUUUAUUUCUGCAAGUCUUGCUGUACACAACAUUCCAGAGGGAUUGGCGAUGGCUGUUACACUAAUGCCACGCGGGACCAGUUUGUUGACGGCAAUGGUGUGGGCUGUGUUGACGAGUGUUCCUCAACCACUCAUGGCAGUUCCAGCUUAUGAAUUUGUUCACCACUUUAUUCCUGUUCUACCGGCUGGGUUGGGCUUUGCAGGUGGAGCUAUGGCAUGGGUGGCUGUAUUCGAGUUGCUCAAGGAAGCGAUCGAAGAUUCUGGACUGCUAACCGCCGGGGUUGUAUCAUCCUUGUCGCUUGUGGGAAUGUGGUUCCUCCAAAAUGUGAUUGAUGGAGAAUCUAGAAGCUAG